GCGUUUAUGAACAACAACCCUGACUCUGGGCAUCAAGUAUCGAGUACUGCGUACUUUUGUGUUCGUUCCACCUGUGAAUCCAAACGCGUUAACGGUAGGAGCGAUUUUCAAGUCAUUUGCAGGUAUAAUAAACAAUAUGGAGCACUCUGACGAUCACAAAACGUGUUGCGAAUUGGGCAGUCCACGGUACAAUGUCUGCCAGACUAUAGACGAGAUCAGUUUCGAACGUGGGAUUUGGUCAGCAGCGUUGGAAGGUGACGUGGAUCGCGUCAAUAGGCUGCUGCGGAGGGGCGUCUUCGUCGAUACGACGGACUCCGCCGGCUACACCGCGCUGCAUUACGCAACGCGGGCCGGGCAUGUCCGCGUGUGCGAGAUUUUGCUGGAGCACGGAGCGAAGGUGAACGCGCGCACCCGCAGCAUGAGAGCGACGCCUUUGCACCGCGCGGCCUGCGCGGGCCACGUUCAAGUCGUCGAUCUGCUGUUGCGCCGCGGCGCGACGGCCGACUUGACGGACGCGGACGGUAGGACGGCCCUACACCGGGCGAUCCCAACGGUAGCCGGCUUCGUCGAGGGCGUCGAGAUCAUUGAAAAACUGCUACCGAUCACCGAUCGCACCAUCAGAGAUAACCACGGGCGAACCGUCGACGACGCGUUCGAACGUUGGAAAACGACGGAGAGCGAUAGCGAACGAGUAAAGAUAACGGAGAGAUUGUUUCGCGCGUAGUACUUUAGUCGAGAGUGCGGUAGGGCGAGAGAAUCGACGACGAGAAAAAAAUGUGUGUAAUAGUACACUGCCACACCAAAGAUUCAACGGACACUUUUGUAACUUGUAAUUAUUCAAUUUCUUCUUAGAAGCAAGAGUGAUAAAGAUACUGUAAACGCGUAAUUGUGUCAAGAGAGAUUUAUGAUUCUUUUUUAGACACUCUUAAAUAAACUGAAGUGAAUCUCUAUGAUUUGUAUGUCAGAAAGACUUCUGGCAAAGCCUUAUCAACGCUCAAGAAGUAGAAUAGAAAACCUGUAUAAUUUAAAGAGUAAUUAUUUCAAAUUUUGAUAUAAAAAGAAUUAUACAAUGUGAUUAAUAAAAUGCCAGUCUCAAAAAGGGGAAAAAAACUUUUCCUGUAAUGUCUACUUUGAAUUUGCGAGAGAUCAGAUUCUCAUUUCUUCACCAUUAUCAAUUACAUUUCUUUGGAUGUCAAAUUUAAGUUUGGGGAUUCUAUUUUUCGUGCUUUUUCAACGGCGAAAAUUGUUACAACAUUUAGUUUUAUUUGUAACUCAAACUAUACUGUCUCAUUUUUCGAUUAUUACACUUUUGUACUUAAAUGCGACCCAUGAACCAGAUUUUCAUCCUAUUGAUUUAGCGCAAUACGUUUGGUUGUUGUUCCGUUUAUGUAUUUAACUACUUUAUUAUGAGAUUAUUAUACAACUUUUUAUUUA